GGGAAGAGGCGGAGGAGCGGGUGGCCAGGAAGCGGCCACAGUCCCCGUGAGCCAGGCGGGGCUGCUCUGCAGCGGCGCCAGGCCCGGGUAACAGCGCGCUACGAGACGACGGGAGCUGCAGCAUGCGGAGACUCGAGGUGGAGCGCUGGAUGGAGGAGCGGCUGCGGGCGAUCUGUACGGGGGGUACGCAGAGUGGUGAAGAGGAGAUUGUUGGGGGCGUUAGAAUCGGCCAUAAUGGACGCCAUCGACUGGGGAAGUGAGAAGAAGUGUGGACAAGGUCCUGGCCUGGGUUGGAACAGACUCCUGACGGGUUGUGAGAUUCAAGAGCAACUUGGGGCCGCACUGGAGAUAAAAAGAAAAAAAGGAGUGAGACAAAAGGAUUGGAGAGAUGCCAAUUGUGAAGCUGGAGGAAGGAAUAAGAAUCAGAAUCAGAAUAUGUUUUGCAGCAUGCGAGGAAUUUUCACUGGCCAGGCAGAUACGUUGCUGGAUCUGAGCAUCGACGACUUGUUGGAACUACAGAGUGACGAGGAACGAGGGAACAAAUUGCAGGUCAUGUUUACGCCUUGCAGCCAAAAUACACAUGAAUUCAUUCGAGAGCUGGUAACAAAGCUACAGGGACUUCACAAGGUGCAAGUGCAGAGAGUUGGAUUGGAGGAACCCAAAAGGCACUAGCUGGGACGCUGAUGAGAAUCAGACGGAACCAGCCACCAAGCCCAGCUCACACCCUAACCUCGUGCCAAGUUCUUACAGAGUUGAAGUAAACUAAUACUUAGAAUUCUCGGAACAUACACCACUCACCAAACCGAAAAUAAGCUUUUCAAGGAAGUUAUUUUGCUAAAUAUAUUUUGUUUUGUUUAAUGUUGCUUUGUUGUUUAGAUUAAAGUUUACAAGCACUC